GGGCGCCAACGUGAAACGUGGAACUUGCCUCCAGUGUUUCAUCGUGAAUUGACAAUAAACAUUCGUUAAUAAUUCAUCGUAUUUAUUGUCCUGGUGUUGUGUCGUAUUAAAUGUCGAAGUGAUCAAUAAAAUUUGAUAAUGCCAUCGAGGAGGAGCAAAGGAGGGCUAAUUGCCAAAGUUAAUUUUCCUCUCUACAGCAUUCAGAUGCUCACCAGCAGACACAUCCUGGUGGGUGGUGGUGGAGGAUCAUCAAAAACUGGAGUGGCAAAUGGAUUUGAAAUCUUCGAGCUGUCACACGAUGGCUGGCAGUUCACAGCUGAGGAGGUAACGAGGCACGAGACGGGACCUAGUGUUGUUAUGAAUUGUGCCUGCACCAGUGAUGAGAAGAAGACGUAUCUUGUGGCUGGACAGGAGAGUCAUUGUCAGCUGUACGACGUUACUUCGAGGAUCGUUACUCUGGAGAACGGUGAAAUUCUGAAAGGGACUAGUGCCUCCACCAUUAACAAGGAGAACCUCAGACAGAGGCGACUCAGCGAGAAAAAUGAGGAGGUCAAUGGGGAAAGAAUCGAGGAGGUCAGGGGUUAUUCUAAUGCCAAACAUAAGAAGCUGCAGCUCAUUCUCAAACCCUCCACUAGUAUUCAGACGGAUUUCAGUGAUUCAGAGCCAAUCCAAAGGAUAGUCCGAAUAAGUCCGAACGGAAAAUUGAUGGCGACUGGUGGUCUCGAUGGUGUCGUAAGGCUCUGGAAAUUUCCCCACCUGACAAAAAUCCAUGACCUAGAAGCCCACACAAAAGAAAUAGACGACAUUGACUUCAACCACGAUGGGAGCCUAGUUGCCUCGAUAGCAAAAGAUAGUCGUGCCAUCGUCUGGGACGUGACCAAAGGCACAAAAUCCCAGGAGCUGUCCUGGACGCCUCCUGCUGGUGGAAAAUACAUGUACAAACGCCUUCGCUUCAGAAUUCCUACAGACAAAAAAUCGAAGCCCCAGCUGUUCAUUCUAUCCAACUCAAUAGUUCCGAAGAAACCCAGCUAUCUUCAGCUGUGGGACCUCGAGCAGGGCCUCAUCGUCAGGUCCACUUCCUUCAGGGAGACCCUAUCAGCCAUUGCUGUGUCUGACGAUGGAAAAUUCGUUGCUGUUGGCACUAUGUUCUCGGGGAGUGUUGACAUUUUUAUCGCAUUUAGUUUACAAAGGGUUCUUCAUGUUCCUGGCGCACACAGCAUGUUCGUCACUGGAUUGGAAUUCAUUCCUUCCAAAAUGGAUGGACCACCCAUCACCAGCAACUCAGAAGCUGCCGUUGUCAGCAUAUCCGUGGAUAACAGAAUUUGCAUUCACAGCAUUCCUUAUCGACAUACACUACCCUUCUGGCUGGUAAUAAUAUUCAUCAUCCUGAGCAUCUGUGGUGCGUUUACCCUGUGCAGUUACCUGGGUAUAUGACCCGAGUUACUCAAAACUGAUCUAGUUAAUGUCCAUUUUAUCGAGUCUAAAUUAUGUUUUAUCGAUUAAAAGGGGUAAAACCCAGCAAAAUCUACUUCACACGUACAAUGUAGAUUGCAAGAAGUGAUCUCUGCUGUGGAUAGAAAAUUUUUGUAUGAGUGUGCACAUUGGAAAAUGGGUGUGAAUACCUCUGAAUGAAUUUUUUUCGUCAAUGUUUUUUUUUUGUGAGGCUCACGUGAGAACAGUCUCGUCGGAAGGAGAUACCUUGCCAGCAAUGCAUCCGUAGGUAAAUCUAUUGAAUUCCCGUUUGCAAUUCGUAAUUUUGUCCAUUUUUUGCUCAUGUAUUAAUUUUAUCGUGUAACUAUUAAGCUCCUUGAAUUAGUCGUUAAAUUUUUAGGAAAAAUUGAGGGAGAUUUGUUAGUUUCAUUGUUUGUCGUACUCUUGUUUGAAAUUUAUUGGCUUUUUUAUUGAAUGAAAUGAGUGGGGGUGGCAAUGAGAUCAAUCCAUUAUUAAGAGAUUAUUUUUUUGAGAAUUUUUUUUUGUUCCUUGUCAUUUCGACACGAAUUCUCUCACCUGUUCAUUUCAUUUGAUUGAAAACAGUUGAGCUGUUGUCAUGUGUUCGAGCCUUAUUUAUUUAAAAUUAAUAAUACGGAUGGGAGAUUUAUGUAAAAUGGCUGAAGCCUGUGAAUAGUGAAAUAAAGAUAUUAGGAUGAAAUCUAAUCAGAUUCGUCACUGAAUUAUGAAAUUA